CGACAAUAUCGCGAAGGCGCGUUGUUGCCGAUGAUAAUGACGAUGAGGAUUUUGACGAUACACCAAAGGCACCGACAAAACGCGUACCUCGAGCAUCCUCGGCUCGCGCUUCAUCGGCAACUCCAAAGCCGCGUGAACCGCGUACAAAGAGUGUUCUUUUGAAAGAGCCUCUAACCGUUCUUGCCGAGACGCAGAUGAAUGCGGAUAUCGAAAUGGAUGAAGCGGAGGCUACACAGCUGCACGUGAAGGAGGAAGAAGAUAUCGAAACCGACCACAAGGAAAACGCCGAAAAGCUCGCAAACUUGAAACUCGACCCCAAUCAACAGCCAUCAGAUUCAACCAGCAAGCCAUUAAACACGUCUCUGCCUCUUCCUCCAAAGACUACACCAACUCUACCCAAAAUCACCGAGUCUGAAGGACCACGAAGACGUGUUGUUAUCACGCACCUCGUUCUGUACAACUUCAAAUCAUAUGCCGGCAGACAAGAAAUCGGACCUUUCCAUACCUCCUUUUCCUCCGUUGUUGGUCCCAACGGAUCUGGAAAGUCCAACGUGAUCGAUUCCCUCCUUUUCGUCUUCGGUUUCCGAGCGAGCAAGAUGCGUCAAGGAAAGAUCUCGGCUUUGAUUCACAACUCUGCCCAGCACCCGGACCUCGACUCCUGCGCAGUCGAAGUUCACUUCCAGGAAGUCAUCGAUGUCAGUGACGGCAAGACUGAGGUCGUCCCCAAUUCUCGCCUCAUUGUCGCGCGUGAAGCCUUCAAGAACAACUCAAGUAGGUACACCCUGAACGGAAGAACCAGCAACUACACGGAAGUCACGGCAUUGUUGCGCGAAAAAGGCAUCGACCUUGACCAUAAGCGGUUCUUAAUUCUCCAGGGUGAAGUCGAGUCUAUCGCCCAGAUGAAGCCCAAAGCUCAGGGUGAGCACGACGAUGGACUGCUUGAAUACUUGGAAGAUAUCAUCGGCACUUCCAAAUACAAAAAGCCAAUCGAAGAGACCGCUCAAGAGGUCGAGGCCCUUGGCGAGACAUUCCUCGAAAAGUCCAACCGCGUUGCCCUUGUUGAAAAGGAGAAAGCUGCAUUGGAGGACAAGAAGAAUCAAGUCUUGGAAUACAUUCGCGACGAGAAUGAACUUGUUUCAAAGCAGUCUUUACUCUAUCAAGUUUACAUCGCCGGAUGCAACCAGAACAUCGAAGUCACAAAGGAAAUCACGACUGAACUACGGAAGGAGUUGGAGGCGGAACAGGCGGCGCACAAAGGCAACGAAGACGAGAUCAAGAAGUUGGAAAAACUGCAUGCAGAGACCUCUAAAGAGUAUGGGAAAAUUGAGAAACAGGCGACUGAGGUCAGCAAAGAAUUGGCUCAUUUUGAUCGGGAAGAGGUGCAGUUGCAGGAAAAGCUGAAGCACGCCGAAUCAAAACAAAAGAAGGCCGCCAAAACCAUGCAGACUAGCAAGCACUCGCUCUCAGAAUCGACCACUUGGAUACAGAAUUACGAGGAGGAGAACGCAAAGCACAACAAGCAACUGGCUGUUCUGGAGAAGAACCUUCUUGAAGAGGAAAAAGAGUUGGAAGACAUCCGCCAAAGUUUGAAGAGCAAGACCCAAGGACUUUCCGAUGAAAUCGAGCGCAAGCAGAAGUCUCUCGAGCCUUGGACUGCACGUGUAAACGACAAGGUUUCUGCGAUUGCGGUCAUGCAGUCAGAACUUGACAUGUUGCAAGAAAAGAGCACCGAAGCCGAACGGGCCAUCGAGGAGACGAACGAGCAAAUUGGUCGUAUCAUCGAAGAGGGUCAAGCCAAAGAAGCGGAACUUGCCGCUCGGCAAAAAGAAGGUCGAUCAGUAACUCGAGAUAUCGCGAGUGUGCGAGCAAAGCUUGAAGAAGCUGACGCUCGUGGUUCCAAACUCCGGGAUGCUCUUUCAAAGGCACGUCAAAGUGCUGCCGAAGGCAAGGCCUCUUUAGCUGCUUCUCAGACUCAAGGAAAUGUUCUUUCAGGUCUUAUGCGGUUGAAGGAAUCAGGCCGUGUUCAAGGUUUCCACGGCCGCCUUGGAAGCCUCGGCACAAUUGAUGCGAAGUACGAUGUCGCAAUCUCCACCGCAUGUCCAGCCCUGGAAAACAUGGUUGUGGAUUCUGUCGAGGUCGGUCAGCAGUGCAUUGAUUACCUACGCAAGAACAAUCUCGGUCGUGCCAUGUUCAUCUUGCUGGAUCGCCUCUCGGCAAGGAACAUGAACCCGAUUGAAACGCCUGAGAAUGCUCCUCGUCUGUUCGACCUCGUAAAGCCGAAGGACCCAAGGUUUGCUCCGGCUUUCUACAGUGUCCUACAGAACACUCUGGUUGCCGCUGAUCUCGAGCAGGCGAACCGUAUCGCAUAUGGAAAGCAGAGAUGGCGGGUUGUUACUCUUGAUGGUCAAUUGAUUGACAAAUCCGGAACAAUGACUGGUGGUGGCACUCGUGUUGCCCGCGGUGGUAUGAGCAGCAAGCUCGUUGCCGAGGUGUCGCGAGAGAAGGUUGGCAAGCUAGAACAGGAUUGUGAUGCACUUGAAACUGAGCAGAAAGAGUUCUUGAAAGAACACGGUGAGCAUGAGCGAAACUUGCAGGAACUUCUAGAGCGCCACCCGCAAUUGGAAGUGAUCGUAUCUAAGAUCGACCUGGAGCUGAAAUCUUUGCAAAAGAACCUCGAGGAUGCGCAGACGCGUCUGAAUGAACUCGGUGUUCAGCCUCAGCAGUCCGCCUCAGAAGUCAAGCGCAUGACCAAGCUUCAGUCUGAUAUAGCCAAGUCUGAAAAGGAGCUUGCCCAGAUCCGGUCUGAGAUGUCAGGUGUUGAAGACGAGAUCAAGUUUCUGCAAGACAAGAUUAUGGAAGUGGGUGGUGUUCGUCUGCGUACUCAGAAGGCUAAGGUCGACAGUCUUCGCGAGCAAAUCGAGACGUUGAACGAGCGCAUUACUGCAGCAGAUGUGGCUCGCUCCAAAGCACACAAGGACUCUGUUAAGCACACGAAGGCUCUAGACAACUCUGAGCGAGAAUUCGAUAACAUUGCAAAUGACCUCAAGGCUAUCGAAGAAAGGAUGCUCUCUCAGCAAGAGCAAUCUCGUGAAACCCGUCAACGUGCAGCGCAAGCUCGCGACCUGUUGGAAACCAAAGCUGAAGAACUUUCGGCACUGAAGGCUGAUUUUGACCAGAAGACCGAGGCUCUGAAUGCCAUUCGGGCGGAGGAAAUCGAGAUGCAGAACAAACUCAAGGAGCACGAGAAAGUACUCCUUGAAAACGAAAAGCGACUUGUGCAUUGGACCGAGCGUCUUGCAAAAUUGUCUCUCCACAACAUCUCGGACUUCCAAGAUAGCGGAACGCAGCAAGUGGCUGAAUUGCCUGUUUACAGUCAAGACGAGCUUGAAGACGUUGAGACGGGCCGUCUUAAGGGAGAGAUUGCUGUUCUCGAAGAGAAGACCCAAAACACGAAGGUUGACUUCGCUGUUCUGGAUGAGUAUCGUCGUAGACUCGAAGAAUACCAAGCGCGCCGGCAAGACCUGGAGACUGCAACAAGCGCCCGUGAUACUGCGAAGAAACGAUAUGACGACUUGCGAAAGCGUCGACUCGAAGAGUUUAUGGAAGGGUUUAACAUCAUCUCUCUCCGUUUGAAGGAGAUGUACCAAAUGAUCACCAUGGGCGGUAAUGCCGAACUUGAAUUGGUGGAUAGUUUGGACCCAUUUUCCGAAGGUAUUCUCUUCAGUGUCAUGCCCCCAAAAAAGAGUUGGAAAAACAUUUCCAACCUUUCGGGUGGUGAGAAGACUCUCAGUUCUUUGGCUUUGGUCUUUGCUUUGCAUCAUUUCAAGCCAACUCCUCUGUAUGUCAUGGACGAGAUUGAUGCUGCACUCGAUUUUCGUAACGUGUCUAUCGUCGCCAAUUACAUCAAGGAACGAACGAAGAAUGCGCAGUUCAUUGUUAUCUCGCUACGUAACAACAUGUUUGAGCUUGCUUCACGUUUGGUUGGAAUUUACAAGACGGCCAACAUGACCAAAAGUAUCACCAUCGAGAAUAAGGAUUUCCUUAGAAGAUCUGCUUGAUUGCUCUUCUGAACACAAUUCAUGUUAUAUAUGGAGGAUUUGGUUAGGCGUUCGGAGCUUCGAUACUUGUUUAUUGAGAGUACAUAAUGGAUAAUUCACAUUCAAAUGGGUCCG